AUGUGGCAGUUGGACACGCGAUUCAAUACCGUUGGAGCGACGAGGUGCCAUGUCAGCUUGAGAAAGGUGACAAAUGAGAAGCUUGUCGAAGUUUUUUCUCAUUUUGCAAGUUCGCUCAAAAAGCUGAAGAUGGAUCGAUACAACGACAUAAACAAUACCGGACACUCACGACGCAGUCGCUCACGUUCUCCGCGCGAAUCGUACUCACGCAAUGUGCGGCAGCGGCGAGCAUAUCACGAUCGAUCACUAAGUAGAUCAUUUGAUGGGCUUGGAGGUCGAAGCGAGCGCUCCCACCGUGACCUGCAACAACGAGAUCGAAGCCGUGGUCUAGCCCGAGAUCAUUCCAGCUACUAUGAUGGAUACCACUACUACGGAGGGAAACGCUAUCACGACUCCUAUUAUGGUCGUUCGGCUCGUGUCGUUCGCGACCGAGACGCCAUUCCAGUCGAUCUGACUAUCGCCAUCGUGAGACUGAUGACGGAUCUUCUUCACGUCGUGACUACCCUGAUAAAAACAGUAGUGGCCGUAGCUGCUCGAUGUCUCGUCAUAUCGUGGAGCCGCCAAGAUAUCGCAAUGGAAGUCGUAGUACUCGAGAGCGCUCCGGUGGGUGGUCCGUAG